AAACGGUCUGAUCCCAUCCCAGUGCAGAGAAAGGCGCUCAAUCUCUGUUAUUCUAUCAUCCCAGUACUCGUACAAAAGUUGUGUGUCGCGUGUUGGAUGCAAAGGGUACCAAAAAGCACCGUGAGCCAAUUAUCCAAACACGAUGCUAUCCACAUAAAAGCCCAAGCGACGUUGUCAUUCUUGGCUGCGGCAAACUCGACCUUGUUGCCCACUGACAAACGCCAUCUUCAUUCUGCAGAGCCGAACACAUUUCUUACCGCUGCAGAGGCCAGAACGUCACAGGACCCAUACAUACCUCCACACAGUAGAUAUUCGACCACUUGUUAUCCUGAUCCAGAGCUGAGAUCUUGGGUCAGCCUGGCUUGCUCAACUGGGCAAGUGACGGAGUACUAUGUAGGUGAAGGGAGCUUCUGCCUACGGAUACGGAUACCUUUUCGACUAGACCCCGCUUUUCCACACUUAGGGUGUUGCAUAGGCGUGGAACAAACACGCGGCCUUUCUGUUUCGCAGUUCGCAGCGAUCCUUGUGAUGGCUAAAUUGAGGAAUCACCCAAUCAUCUACGUCGAAAGGAGUCCACUAGACCCCCCACCAAAAAUUACGUCGAGGUCGGCUCACGCCGCUUUGCCUCUGCUUGGCAUGUUGGGAGAUAAGAAUUGCUUCGAAAUAUUUAUG